AUGUCUUUCAGGUCUUGGCUCGCUAUCGCUGUAAUCUCACUAGUGUUAGUUUGUCUACUGCUAAGUUUCCCGAGGGAGUUUGAUGUUCCCGAGCAAGCUCGUUCACGAUGGACCGGAUAUUUGGCGUGGCAUCCAGAAAUAAUCGAUUUUGAUCAGCAGAAGGGCGAUGCGUUCACGCUCCUUUCCAUAACGUUAAUGGGAGUCCUUGGCUAUUUAUGCAUAAAAUGGACAUGCAAGACUAAUCUUUCACCAAAAUAUGUCUCUUGUUUCUACAAAAACGGAGUGUCUAUUCCAACCACACUUUUCAAUCAGCUGAUCUCAAUGUACAUAUUCAUGACCUUUAUUGCUGCAAUUGCGUAUUUCGUUCUUGAUGUAGGAAAGGUCUGGGCUGUGUGGGGAUUGCUGCAUAAUAUGUUGGAAAUUGCAAUCCUGUUGGUGCUGCAUAAUAACGGAAAGAUUAAGAGUAAUUGGUUUUUUGUGUGGAUGGGAUUGUAUAUGCUUGUUACGUCAGUGUUUGGCACUUGGCUGGAUUGGCCGAACGACGGAAUCUAUUUCAAAAUACAAGGUCUUUGCACAGAUUGGGCAUUUUGGCUUCAAUUCACCCGAAUUUACCUAACAACUCGUAAAAAUCUCGGGAGUGACACAUCCGCGCAGAUUCCUUUUAACACUUCACCGCCUGUUGCCAACGACUCCAAUAAUGAGUUUUAUCCUCGAAUAGUAGAGCAUCCUCAGCAAUUGCUUCUACUGGUACUUGGGUCAUUCAUUCACGUUAUUGGUAACAUUGCGAACUCUGUUUGGAUCAGUAGCGCUGUCGCGUUUUAUAUAUUCCAACUGAGUUAUUGCACAACCUUCCCUUUACUUGCAUUUUAUAUCUACUUGGAUACGCAUUGCACUGGAAUAAAUGGUCAUAAACGGAUCUAUCUGCCGGAUACUUCACGGGGGAAAGUUGUCAUUGUUACUCUCUGCGCAUUCGUACUCGCAUUUGCGACUAUGAGAAUAGCAUUCUUUGUACCACCAUCAUAA